AUGGCCAAAUGCACCACUAAGUUUGGAAUCAUCGGUAAAUAUUGUGCCUCUCUGCAGAAAAUGGUGAAGAAGAUUAAAAUCAGCCAGCACACCAAGUACACUACUUGUUCCAACUGUGGCAAAACCAAGAUGAAUAGGCCGGUUGUGGGCAUCUGGCACUGUUGCUCCUGCAUAAAAGUAGUAGCUGAUGGAGCCUGGGACAACAAUACCACUUCUGCUGCCACAGUAAAGUCUGCCAUUAGAAAACUGAAGAAAUUGAAAGACCAGUAG